AUGGCUACACCAAAUCCAACAGUGCCUGGAGGGGCAGCUCCUUCUUCUGCUACCAAUGCCGUCCUUGUCGCCUCUGAGCCGGUUCCUGAAGGGACUCACCAGGUCCGCGGGGUCGACUUUGAUCACUUCCAAGGCCGCGAUAUUACUGUCGCAGAGAUGGUAGAUAACAUGAGCCAUAUGGGUUUUCAAGCAAGCGCUGUCGGGGAGGCUACCCGUAUUUUGAAUGAUAUGCGCGCAUACCGUCACCCUGAAACAGGAGAGAAAACCACCAUUUUCCUUGGUUACACCUCAAAUCUGAUAUCGUCCGGACUCCGAGACACCCUUCGCUAUCUUGUUAAGCAUCGUCAUGUUUCCGCCAUCGUUACCACAGCCGGAGGAGUGGAAGAAGAUUUGAUCAAAUGUCUGGCACCCACCUACAUGGGCUCAUUCACCGCACCAGGAGCAGGACUUCGCGCGAAAGGCCUCAAUCGUAUCGGCAAUCUGCUCGUCCCGAAUAGCAACUAUUGUUCCUUCGAAGACUGGUUGGUUCCCAUUCUGGAUAAGAUGCUGGAGGAGCAGGAAGCCGCAAAGAAAAAGGCACUCGAGACAGGUGACGAGGAGGAUGAACUGCACUGGACACCAAGUCGCAUCACAGAACGGUUGGGUCGAGAGAUCAACAACGAAGACUCGGUGCUUUACUGGGCGGCUCGCAACAACAUUCCUAUCUUCUGCCCCGCUCUGACAGACGGCUCUCUGGGCGAUAUGCUCUACUUCCACACCUAUCGUUCCUCCCCACAGCGGCUGCGGGUCGAUAUCGUUGACGAUGUGCGCCGUAUCAACACGAUGGCCGUGCGGGCCGCCCGCGCGGGAAUGAUCAUUCUCGGAGGCGGGAUAAUUAAACACCACAUUGCCAACGCGUGUCUGAUGCGAAACGGAGCAGAGCACGCAGUAUAUGUGAAUACGGCGCAAGAGUUUGACGGCAGUGACGCUGGAGCCCGUCCGGACGAGGCUGUGAGCUGGGGAAAGAUCAAGGCGGACGCGAACGCAGUCAAGGUUUACGCUGAAGCAACGGUUGUCUUUCCCCUCAUGGUUGCCGCCUCAUUUGCACGAGCCGAAUCGUCCUCAUCAAACCAGGCAACGGAAUCCCACAACUGA